CUAGUUAUAUAUCUUACAUUUGAUCAAGAUCUCUUAAAGUAAAUGACAGCAAAAACUUGAACUUCCUUCGGGGUUAUUACUCUUUUAUAUCUAUUAGUUUCUUGGCUAUACCCAUUCAAAAUGGGCAUGGCGAUAUCACGAUAUAUAAGGAUGUUGUUUGCAAAGAAGGAAAUGAGGAUUCUUAUGGUAGGACUCGAUGCUGCAGGGAAAACCACCAUUCUUUACAAACUUAAACUCGGAGAGAUUGUUACUACCAUUCCAACUAUUGGUUUCAAUGUGGAAACCGUGGAGUACAAGGAUGUUAGCUUUACGGUAUGGGAUGUAGGUGGACAAGACAAGAUCCGACCCUUGUGGAGGCACUACUUUCAAAACACGCAAGGGCUUAUAUUUGUGGUCGAUAGCAAUGAUCGAGAUCGAGUUACAGAAGCUAGAGAUGAGCUUCACCGCAUGCUCAAUGAGGAUGCUCUUCGUGAAGCUACAAUACUUGUGUUUGCCAAUAAACAAGAUCUUCCGAAUGCUAUGAGGGUUUCUGAACUUACUGAAAAACUUGGUCUUCAUUCACUACGCCAUCGUCGUUGGUAUAUGCAAAGUACAUGUGCAACAUCUGGUGAAGGACUCUAUGAAGGCCUUGAUUGGCUCUCUAGCAACAUUUCUACUAAGGGGUAAGUCAUCAAUGCAAUGCGAAACUCAACGAAUCUCUCAUCUGCCCCUUCCCAUAAAGUUACUUACCUACUCAUAUUCUUCAAUAAUUAUGUAAUUUCAUAUAUUUGUAUUACGAGUGUACCCUUUGCAUCAAAACUUGUACUUCAUACCGUACUGGAUUUUAAACUUUAUAAAUUCCAAAAAGAAAAUAUAAUGAUGA